AUGUCCGCACCUGCCCGUCUCCCGGCACCACGUCCCAUCCGGCCGCAUGUCCGCACCUGCCCGUCUCCCGGCACCACGUCCCAUCCGGCCGCAUUUCCGCGCCUGGCCGUCUCCCGGCACCACGUCCCAUCCGGCCGCAUUUCCGCGCCUGGCCGUCUCCCGGCACCACGUCCCAUCCGGCCGCAUUUCCGCGCCUGGCCGUCUCCCGGCACCACGUCCCAUCCGGCCGCAUUUCCGCACCUGGCCGUCUCCCGGCACCACGUGCCAUCCGGCCGCAUUUCCGCGCCUGGCCGUCUCCCGGCACCACGUCCCAUCCGGCCGCAUUUCCGCGCCUGGCCGUCUCCCGGCACCACGUCCCAUCCGGCCGCAUUUCCGCGCCUGGCCGUCUCCCGGCACCACGUCCCAUCCGGCCGCAUUUCCGCGCCUGGCCGUCUCCCGGCACCACGUCCCAUCCGGCCGCAUUUCCGCGCCUGGCCGUCUCCCGGCACCACAUCCCAUCCGGCCGCAUGUCCGCACCUGGCCGUCUCCCGGCACCACAUCCCAUCUGGCCGCAUGUCCGCACCUGGCCGUCUCCCGGCACCACAUCCCAUCCGGCCGCAUGUCCGCACCUGGCCGUCUCCCGGCACCACAUCCCAUCUGGCCGCAUUUCCACACCUGGCCGUCUCCCGGCACCACAUCCCAUCCGGCCGCAUGUCCGCACCUGGCCGUCUCCCGGCACCACAUCCCAUCACACGCUUACUGGUCCGUGUUCCGGAACCACUGAAGUAUCCAAUGAGGGUGUAGUAUUGCCGGCGUGUUCAGAUCACUGGCUCGGAUGCGACGGCGCCCCCUGAGGGUGUCCCAGUUCACCGCAGAGCUCUUCUUGUGUGGACGGAUGGGGAGGAGCCUGAUCUUGGCUUAUCCACUCUAAACCUAGAAGAGAGAUUUAUCACAUGUAGGUGCUCAUUGCAAUUCAUGUAGCCCUGAGUGGUGGGGUCUCUGUGGAGGGGGGGGGGGGGGGCUCUUGUUACCCAAUUCCCCAUCCACUUCUCAUAAGUGCUGAUGGAGGCCACAGGUGUUUGCUAAUAACCAGGCGGAGCAGAGGGACUGUGGGGUAAGGAGGCUGCUUCCUGCAUACCUCCGCCUCCGCCCCCAAUGCAUCUUUGUCAGCUUCUGGCCAGGAACACUGAUCAUUAUUCUUCCUGUGUCACUCGUAACUCUGGACGUAAUUCUGUUUAAAUUGUGGGCUGGAGCGGUUUAUUGGUUAUUUAACACAGCAACACAGGUGCCACUCGCUUGUAAAUGAGUGGGGAGUUUCAUUUAGCAGUUUGCCCGACGUGAAUCAUCAGACAGGCGUUUUGCUGUUCAGACCGUCUUACUGGGCUUGUUUUUGGCUGAGAAUGGUUCGUUUUUUCAGAAAGAUUAAAAAUGAGAGUUUGGCUGCA